CCUCCUCCUUCGUUGAUAGCCUUUCGUCCGCUGAGACAGAGCCCUCCCUUCGGUUCAUUUCCAACCAGCUGGUUGGGGGGCAGCCAUGGAAGCUUUGUGUUCGUUGCUGGGCAUGCGUUGGAGGCCGUCGAUUUUUGGUUGGGAGGUGAGCUGCAAAUCCAGCCGCAGCUUUGGGAUCGGGAGAUUUCGUUUUUUCCAAAGGCUUUCCAGAAGAGAAGGCCUCUUCCUUCUGUUCAAAGGCUUCCCAUUUCGAAUAUAUCAAUGGCAGAAGCAACAAAGAGGUAUGCGGUUGUUACUGGGGCAAACAAAGGCAUAGGAUUGGAAACUGUGAGGCAAUUGGCCUCAAAUGGAUUCACUGUAGUUUUAACUGCCAGAGAUGAGAAAAGGGGUCUUGAAGCUGCUGAGAAACUCAAAGAGUCUGGCCUCUCAGGUCAAGUGGUUUUUCAUCAACUUGAUGUGGCUAACCCUGCUACUGUUGCUUCUUUGGCAGACUUCAUCAAAACCCAGUUUGGGAAACUCGAUAUCUUGGUAUGUAUAUGAUCAUAGCUGCAGGUUUCUUGAAAAAGUUUAUGUCUCUUGAAUUGAACUCUUAAUCCGAACGCGAUUUAAUUGAAGGAGAUGAAAUAUGGAAUCAUAUAGCAAAUGAAAUUGGAGAAUAAAAAUAGCAAACCAAGUGAUAACUAGCUUAAUAAAUGUCAUCAAGAAGUUAAUCUUUGAAAUAAUUAGAAGUCUUAGGGUUUUUGAAGAACAAAAUAAGUUUCACAUAAACUACCAGUUGUGGAAGAUUUUACUUUCAAAUCU